UAUAAUUAUCUCCAAUUAUUUUUUAACUUACUUAAUAUAAUAAUGAUAAUAAUAAUAAUGGAGACAAUUCACGCUAAUUGUUAGAGCCUUUGUUUACAACGGUGACCAAAGAAGCUUUAGUAAUUAGCUCACCGGUAAGUAACGCGACUCCCAACCGAUGAAUCAGCGAUAGAGAACCCCCUUCUUUUUAAGAACGCGACAACGACUCCUGCUCUUCUCCCACUCCACAAUCGGACCAAAUGGACCACCAUCCUCCGCUGCCCACAUCUCCCACCUCAUGGCCUUCCUUCUGCUCACAGCCGCUUGCCUCCGGCGACGAUUCCCACUCUGCCGAAGAACUCCGUCAAGCCCUCCUCCGCACCACACUCGAGCUCGAAUCCACCCGCUUCAUAGCCCAUGAAGAGCUCCGCCGCCUCGAAGCCCACGCUCACCACCUCUCCCAUCUCCUCGACCUCGCCUCCCGCGAACGCGACGAGGCUCGCCUCCACGCCCACACCCUCCUCCUCCUCCUCGACCACCGCCACCGCCCUGCGCCGGCCUCGUCUUCCUCCGAGGACGAGAGUUCCCCUGCGGCGGCGGCAGCAGCGGUGGCAGAGGAGGAGAUGGAUGCGGCGGCCAGGAAACGUGGAUUACCGGAAAAGGGGCGACUUUUGGAGGCGGUGAUGAGGGCUGGACCGCUGCUUCAGACGCUGAUGCUCGCCGGGCCGUUGCCGGAGUGGAGACACCCGCCGCCGGCGAUGCAGGGAUUUGAAAUUCCGCCGGUGGUUAUGAACGCCGGUGGUCGGAGGAGCAGGAAAGGAUCGCCUGAGCUGGAUUCGGAAAACAAGGUGUCCUUUUAAGUCGAAGAAUUUCUACGGUAUUAUCAAUUAUGAGAAGCUAGGAUUAUCUUCAGAAUUGGGGUUUUUUUAAGGAUAUUUGUAUAAAACUCUGGUUUGCAAAUAUAAUUAAAUUUGCAAUUAAUACCAA